UGUUGUUGUGGAAGCUUUCUUACUUUGAUAAAGACAUUCCUUGUGUGAUCUUCACGUCAUCUCUUUAGAACUGAUCCGUCACCGACGACAAUCUGGGCUAGCGAGGAGAACAUUAGCGAAGAUACCGUAUCCGUAUUCGAAUUCGAGGACGGAUCAUUAUGGCGGAAAAAGCUACGAUUGCACAGAUUCCUCCGGAACAAGUCGGACACGAAGAUCUGGCCGACGAGCACGCACUACAGAAAGAACAUGAACAAGUUACCGCGGAGUCAAUUGCCAACGAAUUCAGCGUCACUUCGGUUGCUUCCGUCAGUUCUCCCUGGCAGUUUGACGAUCUGGCUUUGUCUUGCCGUCGCUGCAACAGCGAAUUCAAUCUUUUGAACCGUCGUCACCACUGUCGAUUCUGCGGACACGUCUUUUGCGGUAAAUGUUCCGAUCAACGCGCUCUGAUUCCCCCGUCCUCCAUCGUCCUCGUCCCCAGAGGAGGUAAACGCGCCAAGCCACGAUCGGCGAUGCAAGAUUCAAUUUCCUUCAGUCCCGACGAAGACCCCGAUCGUAUGUUGACCUACGUCUCUUCGGGAGCUGCCGCUGGUGACGGUCUAUCCAGAACACCCGAAUUGCUGUACGGCAAGGGGCUGGAAGAACGCUUUCAACUCGCCCGGGAACCUUUACGUGUCUGCCAGCCCUGCUAUCAACAGUUGAUUCCGGUCCAGGAAGACCUACGCGCCAAUUCCAACGCGAUGCGCUUCAAUAUGGUGGAUCCCACUGAUGCGCGCCGCUUGUUCAAUUCACCGCUCGCUUUUACCCUGGGUCACGAAAUUCGCAAGGCUUCCUACACGCUUAACAAUUUGUUGCCGCUUCCGAAGCGUAUGGGCGCCUUGACCACCACGAGCGCGAUGCGGCCUGCCCGAGGCGGAAGGAAUCCUUACCAUCCCAACGAUUUGUAUCCAGAUUCGUACGACGAUGCUACUAGCGAGCUACAACAAUGCCAAGAAAAUUGCUCCACCAUUUCUCCUAAUCUGGGUGAUUUGGACGGGGUGCGUAUUCCGGCUCGACUCUUGGAGCAAGCGCGCGGAAUUGCCGUCUUGACGGUCAUCAAAACUGGCUUUGGCUUGGCCGGACUCGAAUUCGGUACCGGCUUGGCUGUGGCUCGCCUUGGUACCGAUCGCUGGAGUGCACCGUCGGCGAUCGGAACCGCUGGUUUAUCCUGGGGGGCCCUGGUGGGGGCCCAAAUCUCUGAUCACGUGUUUUUGCUCAUGACGGACCAAGCCGUCGAAAUGAUGUUCCGACAAGGCUCAGUCCAGCUGGGGGCCGACGUGGGAGUCGCGUUGGGUCCCCUGGGACGCGCCGUCGAAGCGGAUUUUGCCACGUCUCCCGGCAGUAGCGGUGCACCCAUCUACACCUACAGUCUUUCGAAAGGACUAUACGCGGGUAUUUCCUUGGAUGGGAAAGUGGUCGUGACGCGUGACCGCGUGAACGAAAAGUUUUACGGUGGAGCCGUUACAGGGACAGAAAUUUUGCAAGGAAUCAUUCCUUCACCACCAGCGGCGCAGCCGCUGUACGACGCCUUGUCUCGAUGUCAUUUUUACGCGACGGGCAACGCCAUGCGGAACGCACACACCAACAGCGCCACCGUGGCUCGACCGAACUAUCCUCCGAGAGAUCCCGUCAUGGGAGAAUACGGUGAAAUGGAACCCCAAGCGAACAUGCCUUACGACCAUCACCACAGUAACAGUGACUCUAAUUUGUACAGCAGCAACGCAAGUCCCAUGCCUCCGGCUGCCGCCGAUCAACAUUCCUACGCUGGAAUGAGUGACGUGACGAGUGAUGUCGGAUACUAGUCGAGGUCGCAGCUGUGGUGCUCAAAUGUCGGAAUGCGUGUUAAAUAGAAGUAACAAGACUUUCUAUUAGUUCUUACGGUUCGUACAUU